UAUGGAGUAAGAGCGCUGUUUCGAGGGAUCCCCUAACUUUCAAUCGAUAAGUCUUCGGUCUCUGACCGAUAUUCUCGGUUAAAUAGUUAUUCAUUUCAGAUACAAGAACUUGAUGGCGGAGGAAGUUAUAAGCGACCAGCGGUUACUGGUAUCUGAACCCCUAUGCUUUGCGGAGUAGUCCAGCAAUCACCUCGCACAUAAUUAUCCCGCAUGGUAUUCGAACCUGCGAACCCAUACAGGUCGACCAAAAAUGUUCCCAACGCUUCCCUUUUUUUCACGCUUACUUAGUGUGUUUUACACAACUUGCCUUUCAAUACACAAUAUAUUAAUUCUGCCAUUUUUUAUGUAUUCAUGUCAGUGCACGCUUUUCUUUUGAAAUAAGCACACUCCUUUAUUGAGAGUUCUUCAGCUCAGUUAUCGCUGUCUCUUGAAAUGUGCCUAUCACAAACUUCAAAAAACUGUAUUAUUGAAUCCUAUUUACCUCAAGAAUUAUCGCUGCUAUGUUUUGCUUUCUGCAUGCCUAUCUUCUCCUCGAAAUGGCAUAUGUACUUUAAUCAUUCUGUUUAUAAAGUGUAUUUUUUGUAUGAUAAAAAAACAAACUUUUCUUCUGGAUUAUCCAUUUUUCUAAUCUGGUUAAAGACCUGACUUUUGUCGUGAUUAUUAUAUCUUACCAAAUACAUUGCACAUUUCCUUAUCUUUAUUCUCAGAUUAGUUGACAAAAGUUCCAUGAAUUGAAUAUAAAAUGUCCCUUUUUUCAGGAAUAUAUUUAUCACAUUUGUUACUUCAUUGUAUGCAUUUUCAGGUUUAGUUUCACAAAAAAGAAUGGAAAAUUUCAAUAAAAAUUACCAUAAGUUUGAGCAUCAAAUGCCUAAAGUCAUUGUAUUUGAUUUGGAUUAUACUCUUUGGCCUCUAUGGGUUGAUACUCAUGUUGAUCUGCCGUUCAAAAAACUAAAAAAUGGAGACAUUGUAGACAAAUAUGAAACUGUGGUUAAUCUUUACGAAGAUGUUCCCCAAAUUUUGGAAACGCUCCAACAAAAAGGCAUAACGAUGGCAGCUGCUUCUAGAACACCAGCUAUUGACGUAGCUGAAAGUCUUCUAGAUAUUAUGGAUCUUAAUAAAUAUUUCAGUGCAAAAGAAAUAUACCCAGGGAGCAAAGUUGCUCAUUUUUUAGAAUUUAAGGAAUCUCUCGAUAUUGAUUACAACCAUAUGCUCUUCUUUGAUGAUGAGGAACGAAAUAUUGAAGAUCUUUUAAAACUUGGAGUGACAGCAGUGCAUGUUCCUGAUGGAAUGUCCUGGGAGAUUUUAAAUAUUGGAAUGGAAAUGUUUUCUCAAAAUAGUUAAUAUUGGGAGGUUUGAGAAUUUGACUCGACUCAAUUCAUCGUUCAUCAAAACCUGAUUCAUCCUAAACAGGAGGAUUUGAACUUUUGGGAAUUAAACAGCAAUAAAUAGAACUUCAUGUUGAUUGGCUAGACUCAAGACUCUGACAACCUACCUGAAAUCUUUCAAUACUCUUGAAGACUUAUUGUUUGUGUACCUCAACCCAGCAUUAGACUGCUCGAGUUAAAAACAUAUUUUUCUGUAUGAGAUAACUGCCUGUUUUUCUCUCUCAUUGGAUAAAUAUGGUAUCCUAUUCCAUUUCCCUGAGGUAUGGUUUUUAAAAUUGAAAUGUUUGUAGAUUCUUACACAUGUUGUUUCAAACCAUACUUUAAUACUAAGUCUACAGAAUGUGAUUGCCAUUGCUCUUUUCAAGUCUCUAAUAUACAGAAGGUUUACAAAUCCAUUACAAUUAAGUCAAUCAAUCAAAUCGUUUACUAUUAGCCAUCUCGGCAAAGCAUAACAAAAUUAAAAACAAGUAAGAUCACAAAAAUAUUUGUACAGGAUGGCAGGAUAACCGCGAGACGACCAUUUGGUCUACUUGUCAGCGGCAACCUUAAAAUAGCUUAAAACUUAAAUACAAAAUUUGCAAAGCGCGAAACGUUUUUAUGCGAGAACAGCAUCGCCCC